AUGCUUUCUUCAGAUUGGCUCAUCGCUAUAGCAGCAGUUGCUGGAGCACUCCUUAUUUUGUCUGCCAUAAUUAUCCUCAUCCUCCUCUCAAUACUACAUCGACAACGAAAAACACGAGAAGCAGCCACCAGUACUGACGAAAAUGUGCUUGGCUGUGCAAAUAAAUACGUUGAUUUUUCUGACAGAAGCCGAGGCAGUGCUCCGCCGAUAGAUGAUCAGAGUUGUGCGUCGACAUUGGACCCUUGGGGUGCCUACGCUGCUGAGGAUGGAAGUAGUUACUACAGUUCAGUGAAUGUUUGUGAAUGCAGACGCCAGGUCUUCCAGCGCUGUCCUGAUGUGCCACAUGCCGAACCUGGUGGGACAGCUCUCAACAAAAUUCUGCACUUUAAUACCUACCCCCAACUAAACGCGGGCAGUGCGGUCGAGGCAGUCAAUGGACAUGUGACAAAUUGGCCUGCUUUUGUGCAAAGUGCCAGCUGCAACUUCCCGCGCUCCCUCGCGCGUCCAAAGGAAUUUUCGCGAUGCCUGCGAACCAAUCGGAAAGCGCCAAAAUCUCGCGAGGUUGAACGCCUCAUGAGAGAGUCACAGAUGGACUCGGAGGGCAUGAAGUGGUCCAACUGA